AUGGCGCGUCUGGCUUUCCUCGUCGCAUCUCUGUCAGUGCUUCUGGUGGUGGCUUCUGCUGAGAAGCCAACCCUUCAGACUGGACCCAGCAACCCGACGGUCAACGUCGAUCAAGCCAAGGGCGCUAAUGGCGUUGUGACGAACGUUCCUACUAGCGUUGAAAAGGCGGCGGAAGACGGCAAGCUGGCUUCAUUGAAGGGAACGACCGUCGGCAUGGACGCGAUCGGCAAGGGCGCGUGCACUCCUUCUAACUGCUCCUUCGGUGGCAUCCCCGCCAAGUGGAAGACGUCGAACCUGCUCAAGAACAAGCUGGGUGUGGAGGUGUACGUGAAGGGCAACCCUCUGACGAUCAAGAAGGCUUCCCCGCAGACGUGCUGCAACUCGUGCGCGGGUUACCCUGGCUGCACGUACUGGCAGUACAUCCCCGACAUUACCAUCGACGGCAAGAAGUCGGACGGCGCGUGCUACCUGGUGCACGACAACAUUGACUUCACGUGCGGUGAGAUGACGGCGCAGUACGCGACGGACUCGAAGCCCAUUCAGCUGCAGGUGCGCACGGGCGGCGAGUGCAACCCCUCGUCGAAAAUCGUCAACGACCCGCAUCUGGUGGGCGCGUACGGGACGCACUUCGACUUCAACGGGCGCCCCGACAAGGCGUUCUGCCUGCUGGCCGACAAGGACCUCCACAUCAACAUGCUGCUGCGCGGGUACUAUUCGGACGAUACGGAGAACGCGGCGCUGGUGGUGGACGGCAAGGCCGUGCACACGUGGAUCAAGGAGCUCGGCAUCGUGUGGUUCGCCAACGGCGCCGACCACAAGGUGCGUCUGGCGGCGCGCGGCGGCAAGCAGCAGGAGCGCGGGGACGGAUUCAUGAAGACGAUCGAGAUCGACGGCAAGCAGAUGCCCAAGAUGAGCGUCGGCGACGAGGUGACGACCGAGGGCGGCCUGACUCUGCGAUUCGCGGCCCUGGAGAAGGAGGGUCCCUAUGACGUGGAUUACUACACCCUCGUCAUCGAUGGCCUCGUGGGUCUCGACCUGAGGCUGCGCGUCGCCAACCCCAAACUGCAGACGCCCAACGACGCCGAGGCGCACAUCAACGUCGGGAUUGUCGAGCUGGAGCACACCGACGACGUGCACGGCGUGCUCGGCCAGACGUACCGCCCCGACCACGCGGAGCGCGCCGCCAACUUCCAGAAGCUGAUCGCGAACCUGCACCGUCCGAUCUCGGCGGAAAGCGAGGAGGGCGCUGGGUUCCUCGACGGCACUCCCCGCAUGUACGAGUCUAGCUCCGUGCUCUCCGUGGACUGCGCGUAUACCGAGUACCACCGCGCCAAGCAGCUGAGCCCCGUGCAGCAGUACGAGAUGGAGCCCCUCAACUAG